AUGGCGAGCACAUCCAAAUCGCCCUACCGCGACGCCGUCUCCGCCCCCCUCAUCCAGUCCCCAGCCCUCCGCGUCCCACCCCGCAUCGAGCUUCCAGAAGACAUCCACCCACUCCCUGACACGGUGCUCAAUUACUUCGUCUACCCCUACACUCUCGAACCACACAUCCUCACCCUCGAGUCCAACCGCCGCUCCACGCUCGCCGUGCACGCCGCCCGGCGCCAAGCGCUCCUCGACGCUCGAGCUGAAGACCGCGAGCGACGGCGGAAAGCGGCAGAGGACGAGCGCGAGCGAAGACGCAGGGAAGAGCUGCGCCGCGUUGCACCGGGCUGGGAGGGGCACGCGGGUGCGGCGCUCGUGCCGACGCGUACAGAAACAGGAUCGGGAGCAGGGCCAGGACACGGGAGAGGGAAGAGCAGGGACGUGAUGGAUGAUUUGGUGGAUCAGCUUGCGCGCCUCGAGGGCGACGGGACAUGA